AGCCCAGCAAACCACAGGCCAGUUGAUCUGAGCCCCAGGAUUUGGCCCCAGGUUCCGCUUCAGCUGCCAGCACCGUCUGUUCCUCUUCAGAAUCCUUCCUCCCUCUUGGCCUGACCACCGUGUCCCUCCUCCCCCAUGAACCGCCCACCAUGUCCUUCCCUCCCCCACGAUCCACCCACCAUGUUCUUCCCUCCCCAUGGCCCGCCCACCGUGUCCCUCCCUCCUGCCCCGACAUGCCCCUUGAGCUGCCUGGGCCCUGCUGUCUUCCCGUCUGCCUGGGUGGCUCUUUGUGCCCCCUUUCCUACCCUGCCCUUCUGUGGUUCAGGGAGUGUCCAGGGCCCAUCCUUGUCCUCAGGGCCUUCCCUGGCCCUUGCCACUCUGUGCCGUGACAUGACCUGAGGCUGCAGGGUGUGCGCCUCCCCCUUCCAUCAUCACUGCCCACCUCCUAUGAGGUGUCCCAGCCGCCUGAUUGCUGGAGUCCCAGGGUACUCGGUGCUGUCGUGGAGCCUGGAACAUUCACCGUUCCGGAUCGAUUCCGGGAUGCUGUGGGCCCUGAGGGAAAGGAUCGCAGAGGCGCUGAGCCGAGAUGGCUACGUGUACAAGUACGACCUCUCCCUCCCCGUGGAGCGACUCUACGACAUCGUGACUGACGUGCGUGCCCGCCUUGGCCCACAUGCCAAGCACGUGGUGGGCUACGGCCACCUGGGAGAUGGUAACCUGCACCUCAACGUGACGGCAGAGGCCUUCAGCCCGUCGCUCCUGGGCGCCCUGGAGCCCCACGUGUACGAGUGGACGGCCAGGCAGCAGGGCAGUGUCAGCGCAGAGCAUGGCGUGGGCUUCAGGAAGAGAGAUGUGCUGGGCUACAGCAAGCCACCCGAGGCCCUGCAGCUUAUGCAGCAGCUCAAGGCCCUGCUGGACCCCAAAGGCAUCCUCAACCCCUACAAGACGCUGCCCAGCCAGGCCUGACGGCCGCUCCCACUGCUGCCAAGGCCCGCUGGGGGUCAGCGGAUGGCUCUCGGGCGGGAGCGUUGGCAGUGGCUCUGAGUGAUGAGCCGGCAGUGGGCGGGGGACCAGGCACCUAGUCGGAGGGACUGGGAGCCCGCACUGGGGAACUGCUGGAUGCAGGCCCUCGGGCAGGAGCAUCUGGCAGAGCGGGGAAUGCGGCAGGCUCCCUCCUUUGCAGGGCGAGGUGGGGCCUCUGCGGCCAUCCUGGACGGGCCAGGGUGGAAGCGGGGCUGGGUCUCACUUGCCUGGUGGUGGUCCCUGGCUCCACCUUGCCUGCUGCAGCCUGGGGAGCUGGCACUGGGUGGUUCUUCCGCCUAUUUGCUGCUGGUUCCCCGGGCAGUGUGUGGGCAGCGGGG